AUGAUUCGAUCUUCACGAAAAAAAAAUCCGCCGAAAAGAUUUUCACCAACACAACCACAGUUAUAUAGUCAAGAAAAUUACUUGCUACGUUUUGAAGAUAAUGAUGAAUUAAUUGUGGUUAAACGUUCAAGUAUUAGAUCGAUUAUUGAAGAUAAAGCAAUUGUUGGAACAGGUCAGAAACAGCGCUUUGCAAUAAUCGAAGCUAAAGGUACUUAUAGUCAAUGUAACAAUAUGUAUGAACAAAUGAAAUUACAGGAGAACACUAUUAGUGAUCAAGAAGAUGGUUUAGAUGAAAUAAAUGAUUUUGAAGAUAAUGAUACAAUAAGUGAUGAUAAUGAUCAAAAUGAAAUACCAAGAUGUCGUCGUUUUUCUAAUAAUUUUUCGACAAUGCAAAAUGAUGUUUUAAUAAAUGAAAAUACUAAUGAAAAUGAAACUGUAGAAGCUCGGGUAGUUUAUCAAACAAUUGAUGAUAUGCAUCAUACAAUUUUAGAAAAACUUGAGAAAAAGUUCUAUAUUUUCACGAAAAAAUUAAAUCAAGUAAUUCCACAGGCAGUUUAUCAAAAUUUAGACUCAUAUCGAGAGAAAGACGAGAUCUUUCCUUCACAAGUUAUAUAUGAAGGUAAAGAUCUUUUAGAGAUUCGUGGCAGAGAUAUAUAUGAUUUCGCAAGACAAACGUUGAAAAUUUUAUUUACACGGAAAGAAUUAAGUACCUCUAUUUUACCACCGGCUAGAAGUCAUUUAGCACGACCGGCUUUAGAUGUCGAACGUUUCAAUCUAUUUCAUGGUACGUAG